AUAAAUACUGCCUCGCUGAGCGGGCCUGAACAGGCUGAGGAGGGCAGGCCCCGACAUCCUAGCCUGGGAGAGAGACUCGUGGCAGGAUGGCCACAGAUAAAAUGUUAGCUGUGCACUUUGACAAGCCAGGAGGACCCGAAAACCUCUACGUGAAGGAGGUGGCCAAGCCGAGUCCAGGAGAAGGUGAAGUCCUCCUGCAGGUGGCAGCCAGUGCCCUGAACCGGGCAGACUUACUUCAGAGACAAGGCCAGUAUGCCCCGCCCCCAGGAGCCAGCAGCAUUUUGGGACUGGAAGCAUCUGGACAUGUGGCAGAGCUGGGGCCUGGCUGUCAGGGACACUGGAAGAUGGGAGACUCAGCCAUGGCUCUGCUGCCUGGCGGGGGCCAGGCUCAAUAUGUCACCGUCCCAGAAGGGCUACUCAUGCCUGUCCCAGAGGGACUGUCCCUGCCCCAGGCUGCAGCCAUCCCGGAGGCCUGGCUCACUGCCUUCCAGCUGCUGCACUGUGUGGGAGAAGUGCGCGAAGGGGAGACAGUGCUCAUCCACGCUGGUACAGGCGGUGUGGGCACAGCAGCCAUCCAGCUGACCAGGCUGUUCAAAGCCAUCCCCCUGGUGACCACAAGCUCCCAGGAGAACAUCCAAAUGGCCCAGAGUCUGGGUGCUGCAGUUGGGUUUGAUUAUAAGAAGGAGGACUUCUCUGAGGAGGCUCUGAAGGCCACACAAGGUGUGGGUAUCAACGUGAUCCUGGACUGCAUUGGCGGCUCUUACUGGGAGAAGAACCUCCACUGUUUGGCUGCAGACGGUCGAUGGGUUCUGUAUGGCCUCAUGGGGGGAGCAGAAGUCAAUGGCCCACUGCUUUCCAAGCUGCUGUGUAAGCGAGGAAAUCUGCGGGCCAGUCUGCUGAGGUCCAGGGACAAGAAGUAUAAAGAAACAUUGGUGAAGACUUUCACAGAACAAGUCCUACCCUACUUCUCCCCUGGGAGGGAUGUGCAGCUGCAGCCUAUCGUGGAUAAAGUCUUCACCAUGGCUGAGGUUCAGAAGGCCCACUCGCGCAUGGAGGCCAACCAGAACGUGGGCAAAAUUAUCCUGGAGAUACCCUAACUCAAACAUGGUGUGGCUGAUGGGAGACACUAGCUCUAUGGGAACUGUGGGGGAUAAGGGUAAGGAUAUAGGAGUGUGAGGAGGCCUGGAACUGAACUGAGUUGGGCCAGGGGAUGGGCUAGAGAGAACGGGGGCCAGACUAUCCCAUGAUACUGCUGAGAGAAUUAACUGGGACCAUAGAAAUGCGAGCACUUUGUUAUCUAUGUAAUACUUUGCAGUGGGUAAAGUUCUUUGUAGACCAUAUGUUAAAAAGUACAGAGCAAAUGUACUAUGAUAUACUUUGGGAGAAAUGUUGUUUUUUCCUAGGGCCACAUCCUAGGCCUGUUAGACUAUGGAUUUAGGGGAAGAAACUAGAUUCAUUCUUCCCUCAAAUUCAGGCUAACAUUCUUUUUUGAUCUUCAGAGUUGGCCUAGGGUUUCAGGCCAGUUCUGAAAAUCAAAGGACUAGGCUGAAUUAACUCCUAAACACGGAACCCUGGCCCUAACACUUCCUCUGAGCUCCAGAAACAUGUCAAACUGACAAUUUGAUACUUCCACCCAGAGAUCUCAAAGGUGCCUCUACUUUAAUACAUGAAUUUAACACGUACUCAUCACCCACCCUCAGCUCCUUUCCCAGAACUUAGCAGUUACUAUCCAUCCAGGUGCAGAAUCCAGAAGCCUAAAAGUCAAUCCCUGACACCCAUUCUCUCUCACAUCUUCAUAGCCAACAGACCACCAAGUGGUCAAUUUUAUUUUCUAAAUGUUUUUUACCCUUCUCUUUCUCUCCAUUUCACUACCAUCUCUCCUAAUGCAAGCCACUGUCAUCUUUUACCUGUGCUAUUGCACUGGCUUUCUAACUUAUCUCCUCGCACUCAUUCUUUUCUAAUCCUUAAUCUAUGCUGUAGUAAAAGUGAUCUCUUCAAAAUGCAAAAUUAGUCAUGUCAGAGCCCUACUUAAUCCACUUUGGUAGCCUUCCAUUCCUGGUAGAGCAAUGUUAAAAACCUUACAGGGCCCACAAGUCUGUGCAUAGUCUGACCCAGGCCUAUUCUGCAGCCUGGUUCCCCACCAUGGUUCACCUCCAGCCUCGGGGCCUUCAAACAUUUCUCCUAUCUUAGACCUCUCUACCAUAACCCUAAUGCCUGUCAAGAGGGAACUCGUUAAAUAAACUUUGAUACAUCCACAUGAUAAAGGACUGUGUAGCUAUAUAAAGUAAUGUAAACUGAUGUAAUCUCCAGAAUAUGUUAAAUGGAAAAAAACAAGAUACAAAAGAUGUAUAUGGCAUACUACCUUUUUAUCUUAGAAAAAGGGAUCAUAUGAACUUACAUAUAUAUUUGCUUUUAUUUUUAAUAAAAGAAUAAAAAACUAAGGUAAACCAAUGCAAACCCGGGGAAACCAACACUUACUUUAGUGAGGAGGCGGAGACAGACUAGAAGGGACAGGUAUAAGAGAUGUAGACUUCUCUGAAUUCUGAAGACUUUAUUUUGGUACCAAGUCAAUGUUUUACAUAAUUACAAAACAAAAUACAAUUUUUUUUUUUUUUGCAGUUUUUGGCUGGGGCUGGGUUUGAACCCACCACCUCCGGCAUAUGAGUCUGGCACCCUACUCCUUUGAGCCACAGGCGCCACCCCAAAAUACAAUUUUUUAAUGUAAAAAAGAA